CAACACAACAACACAACACACACAUACAGCACUCCAAGAAGCUUGUUCUCAACCACCACACCCCGGCUUUGUGCACCGGCAUCCUUCCGAAUCCCCUUUCUCUGCUUCGAUGGAAACCGCGGCGACGGAACGGGAAUCUCCUGCGGAACAAGGCGGUGCCAGGGUGCCCGGUGGCGGGGCGGCUGCGGAAGAGCCCGAAACGGACGAAGGGCCGGCGGACCGGCCGCCGCGGCUUUUGCCGCUGCAGAACCAGGCCUCCCACGGACGCUCGUUUUCGGGUGCGGGUCUUUCCCCGGUGGGCAGCAAGGGGGAACCACGGUCGUGGUCGCCCCUCGGCUGGAAGGCCGAGGGGAACGUUCGCUUUGGCAACGAGGACUGGGAGGGAGCCCUGGCGGCCUAUCGCUCCGGGCUGGAGGCACUGGAGCAACAAGAACAACAACAACAACAACAACAACAACAACAACAGCGGAAAACGGGCACCGAGCCGACGAACACCGACGACCGGGCCCUGGAAAUCGCGCUCCGGUCCAACGCGGCCUUUUCCCUCCUGAAACUGCAGCGAUACGACCGGGCCGAAGAGGAGUGCAGCACGCUGCUAUCGAUAUCGCCGCACAACAGCAAAGGUACGAGGCUCCCCGCCGCUGUCGAACGAUUCAAAGGGUGUUGGCGUUGCGUUGGGUUGCCUUGCGUUGCGUUGCGUUGUCUUGGGUUGCGUUGCGUUCAAUUCGGUUGGGUUGCUCUUCGUUGCGUUGCGUUCGAUGUCCUGUUUCUUGUCGCCAGGCAGCACCGGGACUCAUUGUUUCUUCGCUGUCUAUUUAGCUCUCUAUCGACGUGCGUGUGCCAGAGAGGGCUCUUACUUUGCUUGCAGCGUUGAUGAUGCGGGUGAGAAAAACAGAACCAGCAAGUUCAUCGAACGAAAGAAAGAAUUGCUCGACGGGGCCAUUGCCGACCUGAAACAAGCCGUGCAGCAAUCAUCCUCCGGUAGCGGUACCGACGGCAGCAAUACGAACGAAAACAAGCGAAAGAGCAAUGCCGGGAUUCUGAAACAGUGCCGGCGAUCUCUGGACCGGUUGCAAAAGGAGUACGAUCGGCAGGAAACCCGGCGGUGGCAGCCCGAUGGACCCAAACAAACAGACAGCGAUGGCAACCGAACAAACGACAACAACACCGAUUCUGCUCCGCCCCCGCAAAAAGGACUCCAAUCGCAGCAAAAGCAAGACGUAUUGAGGCUGCUGCUCGCGCGAUACCAAAACGGCCGGGUGGCACCCGGGGAGGCGUUUUUCUUGCUGGAAUGGAACUGGUGGGUCGGUUGGUGCCGAUACGUAAACUUCUUUGAUUGCCCGGCCGCCAAGACGAAGGACGCAUCCGAGCGGUCGCGGCGGCUGCUGUCGUAUCUGCCCCCCGGGGCGUCUCUCCCCCUGAGGCUUCGCAAAGACUACAACGACGACGACGACGAUUCGUCGGACGACGAAGACGACAACAACAAUCCGCUGCCGGUGGUUCCGGGACCCAUCGACAAUUCCGAGCUCACCGUGACACCCGGCGACGUCUUCUUUGAGCAGUGGUAUCUGCCGGUCCCCGGUCUCCGCACGGGCACCGAUAGAACCAAAACCAGUCCGGGGCAAGGGGACUCCUCGGUUGCGGGACGACCAUCGCUCCGGCCGAAUCUGGUACGGGGCUACCACUAUGAAAUCCUGCCACGGGAGGUGUACGGCGCGCUGCGGUCGUGGUACGGAGAAGCGACCAAGAGCCUGUGCCGGCGGGCGAGAAACGACGGGACGAUCGCCCUGUAUCCCCCCGGGCCGGUUCUUCGAUCGAGCAAGCUCGGGGUGCUCGAUCGGUCCGUUCCCCGGUGCAACGCGUGCUUGGCACCGGGAGCCUCUCUGCGGUGCAGGCGGUGCAUGGCGGUGCGGUACUGUAGCAGGGCGUGCCAGGAAUCCCACUGGCGGUACCACAGGCCAAGCUGCAGGCCGGUGGUGGCGGAGCAGGGAGAACCCGGUGCACCGAGGAAACCGCCCGAGAUACCCUUCCCGUCGGAGGGCGGCAGAUCCGGACUCAACAACCUCGGCAACACUUGCUUUAUGAACUCCGCCCUGCAAUCGCUCGGCCACGCGACGCCGCUGACGCGGCAUUUCCUUUCGAACCGCUUCCGGUCGGACCUCAACGCCUCCAAUCCGCUCGGAACCGGGGGAAAGCUGGCCCACGCGUACGAGGCCUUUGUCAAGGACGCCUGGAUGAGGGCGGGGAGGGGUGCCGUUUCGCCGACGGCCCUGAAGCGGGCCAUUGCCCUGUUUGCCCCGAGGUUUGCGAACCGCAACCAGCACGACGCACAGGAGUUCCUGGCCUACCUCCUGGACGGCCUCCACGAGGACCUCAACCGCAUCCGAAGGGCACCCUACGUCGAGAUGCCGGACGUGACCGAUGGCCAGAACACGACCAUCGCGGCGGCGGAGGCCUGGAACGCCCACAGGCGGCGGAACGAUUCGCUCGUGAUGGAUGCCUUCUACGGGCAGUUCCAGUCGACCUGCGUCUGCCCGAGGUGCAACCACGUUUCCGUUUCGUUCGACGCCUUCAACCACGUCUCCCUGGAGAUUCCCUCCAGCGGUGCGGCGUGGGCGACGGUGGCCGUUCCGGUGCUGGUCCAUUUUUCCGACGGGAACCGGAAACCGGUUCGGUAUGGGGUGACGCUCCGAAAGCAGGCMUCCGUUCUGGACCUGAAACGGGCCGUGGCAAGCUUGUCGAAGAUCCCCCCGGAAAAGCUCAUCGUGACGGACGUGUACGAGAACAGCAUCUAUAAGCUCCUGGACGACAAACAAAGCAUCCUGUCCAUAAAAUCAACCGAGGACACCAUUGUUGCCUACGAAGUGACACCUUACACCGUAAAAGACACCCUGCACAUGAUUGUCACGCACUCCUUGUCAACGGACCCAAGCCGCAGCGGCGAAGCCUACGCCGACCAGACCACGAGUGGAGCUGUUGGGGGCACGGACGGGGGCAAGGGCGCGGGAAGCGAUGGCAAUGGCGAUGGCCCGGAGGAAAACUAUUUCGGGUUGCCCUUCAUGACCUCGAUCGAUGCAAAGAACAGCAGCUGCCGCGAUCUGUGGCAGCUUCUUCGGGGCUUGGUGCGACGAAUGGUUCCAGAAUUCACGGGUCCGAUCGCGGGGGAAGGCGGCUCUCGACCGGAAAAAGUCCUGGUCGUUCACGUCGUAGAUGCCCAGGGUCGACCACGACGCAUCGUUCCGAAAAUGGGUGCCAGCGGUGCCACCAGUGUUUUGCCGGAGUGUUCCAAAACAUUGCUGUCGUCGAUUCUGGGGGAAGACUGCGCAGAAAAUUUCCUGUUCCUCAAUCUGGUUUGGAAACCCCUCGCCUCGAACAAAAAGAACGGUUCGAGGAUAGAUCCGAAACGAUUUCUCGACUUUGACAUCGACCCGACACUCACCGAAGCAAUCCGUCGGCAACAAUCAACAAGUCGGUCGUCGACGAAGCAGGGUGUUACACUAGAUCAAUGCUUUCACUCCUUCUCGAGACCAGAACGAUUGGAUAGAAACAACAUGUGGUAUUGUUCGAGGUGCAAGGACCACGUUCAAGCAUUGAAGACGAUGAAACUCUGGAGAUUACCAAACAUCCUAGUGGUUCACCUCAAGCGGUUUGAGUUCAAGCAUGCUCUUCGGCGAGACAAACUGACCACGUACGUCGAUUUCCCGCUCGCGGGCUUGGACAUGAACGCCCAUUGUGCCCGCUCGAACACAACAACGGACAAGAACGAUUUUGCGAACAGCUACGUUCCGGCCGAUUACGAUUUGUUUGCAGUCGUCAACCACUAUGGUCGACUGGGGUUUGGCCACUACACUUCCUUCGCGAUGCAAUGGGACGAGACGGGCAUUUCAAAGGAAUGGAAUGCAUUCGAUGACUCCAGUGUGCACCCCGUCGAGCCCUCGGAAGUCCAAUCCUCGGCAGCGUAUAUUCUCUUCUACCGCCGGAGAGUGUUUCAUUGACACAUAUGGUGCACCGGCCC